CGGGGAAGGCCUAACCCAGAGGAUGCCGAGGUGCAGGAAAGGGUACUUCCACGUGUUCAACAACCACUACACCAGUUGGGGAAUGUACGCCAUCGGCGGCAGCGCCAACCCCACCAUCAACUCACAGGGCAACCAUUUCACGCCGCCGGCGAACCCUCAUGCUCUGGAGGUGACCAAACGAACAGAAACCUCAGGCGAGGGCGAAUGGUCAAGCUGGAAUUGGAGGUCAACGGAUGAUGUGUUCGAGAAUGGGGCAUUCUUUGUACCCUCCGGCGACCAAUCCGACAGCGCAUACCAAAAGGCGACCAGCUCGGCCGACGUCAAGUCCGGCGGCAUGACGAAACAGUUGACAAGCAACGUCGGUAUGCUCAUUCUCACGCCUAAUGGGCUCGCCGCCGCCGGAAAUGGCGUGUUGAACACCGUCCCCGGCGUUAAGGAAUGGAACUUCGGCAACAUUUUUGACCAAGGCGGGGGGGCUCCAUUACAAUCAACCAUCUCCCCUCAAACUGCUUUUAAAAUAGCGGUUGCUAUUAUUAUUCUUGUUAUUCUUGUUUCUGUUAUCAAACGUUUUCGUAAAAAAACUAACGGAAAAUAAUACGUAGUAUUUCAGAAGUAAUUGUUAAAAUGAAAUAAUCUCAAUAGUAAUAUGUGAAUUUAUAUUGUAUUCGUUCUUAGCAAUAUUGCUAUCCACAAAUGGUGUCAAACCCACAAAUUCAAUUUUGUACUUAAAUAAUUAAUUGCAUCAGCAACAAUAAAUGACAAAUCAUUGUCUACAACUUCA